GGAAUUGAAUAAUAAAUCUUUGAAUUGCAUUCGUGAUUGAAUCCUACAAUGUAUGAAGGGAAGAUAUUGUAACCCACUACAACCAUUCCUUUACAUAAAUACACAAACCCUAUCCCCUUCCACCACCGAACAAUCCUGGAUAACCUUUCCUUCCCUCUCUAUAUACAUCUCUUCGCCAAUGAACCAUCUCAUCCUAGUCCCUCUUAGCUUUCGAUAACCCAACUGAUUUCUUCUGUUGGUUUAUUUUGAUUUGUUACUUCUUCAUCUUUGAUUUACAAUAAAGUUUUACUCUUUUUGACGAACGGAGAUGGCAAUCCCAUAUCCCCAAUUAUUUGCUACGGAGAAGCCGGCAAUGGAGGUGGGUUUACCUUCCCUGUCUCCGCCUCUUUCGCCUUCCCCUGUUAUUCUAACCCAAGACGAUUUGAAGAAAAUCGCCGCCUACAAGGCUGUUGAGUACGUCGAAUCCGGGAUGGUUCUUGGAUUGGGUACGGGUUCCACGGCCAAGCACGCCGUCGAUCGAAUUGGGGAAUUGUUGCGACAAGGUAAGCUUAAGAAUAUUGUUGGCAUACCCACAUCGAAGAAGACCCACGAGCAAGCGGUAUCGUUAGGAAUUCCACUCUCCGAUCUUGACACUCACCCCACCAUUGAUCUUGCUAUCGACGGCGCUGAUGAGGUGGACCCGAGCCUCAAUCUCGUCAAGGGACGGGGUGGCUCAUUGUUACGCGAGAAAAUGGUUGAGAGUGCUUGCAAGAGAUUCAUUGUUAUCGUUGACGACUCCAAGUGGGUGCGCUUUAUUGGGGAAAGUGGGCUUGCCAUGCCCGUAGAGGUGGUGCCGUUUUGUUGGAAGUUCUCAGCGAAGAGGCUCCAGAACCUGUUUGAGUACGCCGGUUGUGUGGCCAAGCUGAGGACAGAGAAGGAGAGCAGUGCCCAGCCUUUUGUAACGGAUAAUGGGAACUUCAUUGUGGAUUUGUAUUUCAAGAAGGACAUUGGGGAUUUGAAGAUUGCCAGUGAUAAGAUUUUGAGGCUUGCUGGGGUGGUGGAGCACGGCAUGUUUCUCGACAUGGCUUCUACAGUGAUUGUUGCUGGGGAGCUGGGGAUCACCAUCAAGCAUAAAGAGGAUCACCAUCAAGAAUAAUUAGAGAAGUAGAGGUAGUUCUUUUAUCCCUCCAUUGAUUGGGAGGAUAUUUGACAUUGUUACCUGGUUUAGGAUCUAAGAUACGUUUGGUGAUUUCUCCUCCUUAAAGGAGAACAAUUUAUUGCUGUAAUAGGGGAGGGAUUAGUUUUGGGAAGGGCUUACUCAAGUUUUGAUGUUACCUGUCUUGAGGCAGAAUUCAGAAAGGGAAAGUAGGUUUCUGUUGGCAGCUGAAUGAUCAGUUACAUCAUACAUAUGUAUCUUGGUUGUCAUGAUUUUUCAGUUCAACUUUGGUCCAAUUUUAACUAGAAUAUAUCAAUCUGAUUCCAUAAAUUUCAGGAGAAUGGAAUGAACUGGGUCAUGCUCUUUACUUCA